AUGACUUUUGGAGGCUCGGAAGAUGUUAUUCGUAAUCAGCUCGUUGAACUGAAUCUGAAUAUGUAUAAUAAAGUCAAAAAUAAAUUCUACUUUCAAGCAUCGUCUAGUAAUCCAUCCGUUGAACAACGAGUCGAAAACCCAUCUUCUUUAAUGGAUUCAUCGACAAUUAUAUUAAACCAGACACUAUCAGCACCUCCGCAAGAAAAUGCAAAUACAGUAUUGUCAUACAGUAUUGUUGAUUCAGUGAGAAUCUUGAUCUGGUAAUUUUCUUGCAAAGACCGUUGUCUGAUGUGGCUAUCACUCCUAACAAGAUCCCGAUACGAAGAUUUAGCACAGAUCGGGACGGAAACCUGAUAAAAUCUUGGCGGAAUCCUGUCUUAUAAUCGUGUGAUCCUUGACAUGAUCUAGAGCGCUACAGAUCCGUUACACUCCUGCUAUAAGCCAUGUCGUGGACGUCCUCUUAACUGCAACUAUCAGAAUGUCAGAAAGUGCAC